AUGCGAACUCUAGUGCAGGCGGGCGGUGCUAGGAAGGGGAACGUAAUUGAGAAUGAGUCUUUUAAAAAGAGCUUUAACUAUCCGAGCGCUGCUUUACUUGGGACCAUCGUCGCAAUCCUAGAGAUAGGCUGUUUUGUAGGCUCAUUAGUUACCGCAGCAUUCGGUGAACGCCUUGGAAGGAAGGCGUCUACCUCAAUAGGUGCUACUGCGAUGCUCGUGGGAACCAUUCUUCAAACUGCAAGCCAGGAUUGUGUGACGAUGAUCGUAUCAAGGACAGUUUCAGGGAUAGGAUUGGGAAUAAUUGUCGGAAAGAAUUCAACUGUGCCUGUCCUCCAGGCCGAGUUUUCGCCCAAGGCUACUCGAGGAAUUUUUGUUUGUAUACAGCUGACCGUAUUGAACCUUGGAACUAUGCUUGCCUACUGGGUUGACUUUGCGUUCUCAAAGGAUGAAUCAUUAGGCUCCGGGCAAUGGAGAAUUCCGAUUGCCCUCCAACUGGUGCUCAUUCUGCCCCUACUGCUGCUUUCGUUAUUUGUAGUUCCGGAGAGUCCCAGAUGGCUAGCCUCUCACGCUCGUACAGAAGAAGCAAAACAUGUGCUCCGAAUGCUUUAUACUGCGCCACCAACAAGCGACGAACCUCCGGAGGCCGAUAUGAUUUUUAAUGCGAUUAUAGAUACCGUAAACUACGACAAGCAAUUCGGUAGCGAGCACUGGGGUGACGUUCUUCGUCUUUUGAAAUACGAUGAUCCAAUCAAGAGCAGGCGAAGGCUUUUGAUUGCUUGUGGGAUACAGGCAUUUCAACAACUAGGCGGAAUAAACUGCAAGUAUCCUCGAUUCGGGUUCUCUGUGCAUCAUCUAAACCCCUAUCUCAGCUAUUGUUUACUAUGCCAGCUUUCUCUUUUCCCGUAUUGGAUUUUCACCAUCCCAGUCUAA